CUGCCUGCUGUUCCUCAUUUAGGCUAAGGAUUGCCAACAUACCAUCUUUAGUCAGACUGCCACCCGCUCCGCGUGUACAGCAUGGAGGAACGGAUCCCAGAUCCUGUCGCUCAGGCCAAGCCUAAGCAGAUGGACAAUGGCUUUGUCAUAAAGAAUACAUAUCACCUCAGUCUUGCCACUGGAAAGAAACAGUCUUCAUCCAUGGACUCCAGAGUGGAAAAGGAUAUGGACUUGGAGACACAUGUUUACAUGAAUUUCAUGAAGAACCACUGUUGCUACGAUGCCAUUCCAACCAGCUCGAAGCUUGUUAUUUUUGACACAACCCUGCAGGUGAAGAAAGCCUUUUUUGCUUUGGUUGCCAAUGGACUUAGAGCUUCUCCUUUGUGGGACAGUAAGCGGCAGCGUUUUGUAGGCAUGCUGACAAUCACUGACUUCAUCAACAUUCUCCACAGAUACUACAAAUCCCCCAUGGUACAAAUAUAUGAGCUGGAGGAGCACAAGAUUGAGACAUGGAGAGAGGUUUACCUGCAUUACUCGCUGUCCUCUCUUGUCAGUAUUACCCCAAGCUGCAGCUUGUUUGAUGCUGUGUAUUCUUUAAUUAAAAAUAAGAUUCAUCGGCUACCUGUUAUUGAUCCUGAUUCUGGAAAUGUCCUCUACAUUCUUACACACAAGCGCAUCUUGAAGUUUCUUCACAUUUUUGGUUCACUGAUUCCAAAACCGCGGUUUCUUCAGAAGACAAUAAAUGAUCUUGGGAUUGGGACCUUUCAAAAUGUGGCCACUGUACAGGAGAAUGCCACUGUGUAUGAAGCACUGUCUAUUUUCGUGGAAAGGCGGGUAUCUGCUCUACCGGUUGUCAAUGAAGAAGGAAGAGUCGUGGGUUUGUAUUCCAGGUUUGAUGUCAUUAACCUGGCUGCACAGAAAUCUUACAACAACCUUGACAUCCCGGUAAAGGAGGUUUUGCAAAGACGGCCACAUUUCAUGGAAGGAGUACUGAAGUGCUACCCACAUGAGACCAUGGAAGUCAUUAUUGACCGUAUUGCAGAAGCUGAGGUCCAUCGCUUGGUUCUCGUGGAUGAAUCGGGUUUUGUGAAGGGCAUCAUUUCCCUGUCAGACCUGCUCCAGGCUCUGGUGUUGACUCCUGCAGGUAUAGAUGCACUUUUCUCUUAACCUCUUGGGAGUUCCCGUUCGUCUUCACCUUCAUGUGUUUCACAUUCAGAAACGGCAUCCAUUGCAGACGGGAUAAACAAAGGAGGAAGUUAACAGAAAAUCGGCCUGCAUUGAGCUUUGAAGAUUUUCCUGUGACAAACCUUGUGAAGGGAACGUUAGAGAGUGAGUGAUAUCAAUAAAGGAUGUUCAACUUGAUUGUGUAAGUUCACCUUCCAAAAAAAUAUCCGUGGUCUGUCAAGGUGUAUUUACCAUCAGGCUUUAUGAUGAAGUGGCCCUCCUUCCCAUCGCUUUACUGGAUAUUACAUGUAAAUACCAAUUACUCCUUCAGCAUGGUACCUUGAUGGGUAAUAACUUGGAGGGGACUCCCAAAAGCUGCUUGUUCAGCCACCAUUGUAAAUCCACGGUGUGACUCCAGUAAAUCACUUCACUUUCCCCACAUGUAGAUAUUUUCAGGUCUGUAAAACUUUGCAUGAAAUGUAAACUACUUUGGGAUGAUGUUCAACAUGAAAGGCGCUGUACUAAAAUUCUUUGAGAUCUUUCUAAAUGAGAUUUUCACUGUAAACUGUGUUUAGCGUAGUGCACUAAUAUGUUACUCCACCACUGCACUGCCCAUCUGUUAACCACAGAAAUGUCUUGCCUAA